GGGACGCUGCUGUGCGUCAGUGCGCACUGGCUCCCCUCAUUUCAAACUCGCUGCAUCUAUCCUUUCCAAGGAAACUCCUCCAGAUUUCAAGAAGCCUUUGGAUUGCUUCGUUUGGAUGUACGGACAAAUAUUACAAGCCAAGAAGAAGGACAGAGGGCGUUCAGGUUGUUUUAUUCGCGCGAAAGAAGGCAAAGCGCCGUUACGCGUCGAUUUAUCCCAUAGUUUUGGAAGCGGCGCUCAGGACGCGCGUAAUGGAUCGAUAGUACAAACUUCUGGGAGUGUUACCAAGCUCUGUGAAACCCAUAUUUUUGUGGAUUAAAGAGAAAAUCGUUAAUCGGUUAUACAGAGCUACACAGAGUUCCAGAUCUUCGUGCGCUGUGAUGGAUGGAGCGGCUGCUUUGAUAUUGAUGGUGCUGCUGGUUUUCUCUGGAGAUGUUUGGAGCGCCUCGUAUUCUCAGCGGUAUAACCUGUACGCGGGCACGCAGACGCAGCCUUUAAACGGGGCGAGGGCUGCGAGCAGACACAGAAACUGGUGUGCGUAUGUGGUGACCAAGACGGUGAGCUGCAUGGUGGAGGAUGGGGUGGAAACUUACGUGAAGCCUGAGUAUCAGCCGUGUUCCUGGGGCGUUCAGUGUGCACGCGUUGUUGUAUACAGGACCUACAUGAGGCCCAAAUACAAGGUGGCUCAUAAAAUGGUAACAGAAAUGGAGUGGAAGUGUUGCCAUGGAUACAGUGGAGAAGACUGCAAUGAGGGACCAAACGGGGGAUCUAACACUCAGAUCUCAACAGUCAGGCCUAAACCCUCACAACCAGGACAAACUGGAACCGGUACUGGUCAGGGACAGAGUGGAGGGAAUGGGAGAGGUGACAAUGAAAAAAUGAGACAAAUGGAAGACAAAAUCCAGCGGUUGACCAAAGACCUAAACGACGUGCAGUCAUCACUGCGUGAGAUGAAUGAGAAAAUCCAAGGAAAUAACGGCGGCAAGACGCCGGCCGAUGCGGCCCAACCGGAAAUGAAAGAGACCAUCCAUAACAUUCAGACCAAGCUGGACCAGCUAGAUAACCGGACACAAGCUCACGACAAGACUCUAGUCAGCAUCAACAACCAUCUAGUGAACGGGAAAGGAGACAAUGACGUUGAUGAUGGGGGAAUAGGAGGAGGCAAGUUCAACACUUUGAAGGAGGAGAUCCUCCGAGAACUUGAACGUCGAGUGACGCUAUCCUGUGCCGCCUGUCAGGCUGGAGUGGAGGACCUACGACGGCAACAGCAGCAAGACAGGGAAAGGAUCUCAGCCCUGGAAAAGCAAAUUAGUGCCAUGGACCAACGCCACCGCCAGACGCUUGACGGCUUGCGCCGAGACCUUAGUCGGUCUCAAGACUGCUGUGACACGGUCGUGGACCUCAGAGGAAGACUAAAUGACAUGGACAGGAAGAUAAGCUCCACGUCGGAGGCCUACGACAAGCUGCAGGAGCGUCUUAACAGGGUAGAAACUUGGGAUGGUGGACAUUUUGGAGGAGGACAAGAUGGACAAGGACAAGUCCCUAGCUUGGCGGAGGACUUCUUCAAUGAUCAUCUACAAGACCUGGAGAGGCGGCUGAACAACACAGUCCAGAGGACAGAGGAGAACUGUGCUUAUAUGGAAACAAACAUACGGGACUUAGUCCAGAAGGAGAUUAGAAAUCUUCGCAAUGAUUUCAAUAAUCGUAUUAAUGACCAGGCUGACAGAAUUGGUGACAUGGAGAUCGAUAUAGGAAAUGUAAAAGAAACUAUAUUUGAUAUUAAUAAGCACUUGUCUCGGUUGGAGAACACAACAUCCUUUAUAGACAAGAGGUUAAGCGAAUGCUCUGGGUGCUCGGUUUCUGUGCCGAGUUCAGGGGGUGGCAGUCCAAACCCACAGGACACGGUGAAGUCUUUGGAAUGGAGAGUCAUUGCAAGUGAAGAUGAGAUCAAGAGGUUUGACACAAGACUUAAGGAUCUGUCUGUGUCUGGUGAUUCGCUCGUGGAUAGGGUGAUCAACCUCAGCCACGACGUUCGCAAGAUCAAAGCGCUCACCGGAGAUAACGGAGAGCAUUUCAACAGAAUUGUCGAUGAGAUCGAGAACUGUGAUGUUUGUAGCACGGUCGAAGAUGACCUGAAGAAACUCAAGAACAUCACAAACCAUGCAAUGGAUAGGUGGCAAAGAGAAAUGAACACCAUUAAGGAUAAAUUUGACUCUGGUCAGACGGGCUGUGCAGAUGUGUGCUCCGGUUUGCAAGAAGAGAUGAAUCAGUUGAGGGAGGACGUACAGAAAUGCAGCAGUCACUGCAAGAUCACGUUGAAUACUCCUACGGGAACUGAUUCGGGAACAGGUCAUCUGGAUGAUCCCCAAAAACCGCUGGAUGGCCAUAGUGUCAUCAGCAGCAACAACGGUGACCUGAGGUCGAUCCGUGGAGAAUUGUCGGAGGUCAUCUUGACCUUCAGUUCCAUCAAUGACACGUUGAAAGGGCUGGAGCACGUGGUCCAGAAGCACGACAGCGUAGUUACGGAUCUGGGAAACACCAAAGACAAAAUCAUUUCUGAAAUUGACAAGAUCCAGCAGGAAAUGACAGAGCACAUAGAAGACAGCAGGCUACGCUUUGACAACGUGGAUAGAGACGUACGGCGGUUCGUGGUCGAGAUGGGUGACUGCAAAAGGAGCGGCGAUGGUUUGGAUAAGAGGCUUUCUAAACUUGAAGUGGUUUGUGGCCGGCUGGACUCCGUCUCCGACAAUCUGCAGAAGAUCAAAGAUGGCUUGAACAAACACGUGUCUGGCCUGUGGAGCUGUGUCAAUGGACUAAACAACACAGUGACCUCACACAGCGGGUUCAUUGAAAUCCUCCAGAACACACAUCUGGACGAUAUCCACGGCAAUAUCAAGAGACUAAAUUCCUCAAUGGUCCACAUCCUCAAGGAGUUUCACAGCUUGACUGAGCAAGACUUUUCAGGUUUACCUGGACCACCAGGUCCUAUGGGAGAAACAGGGCCCCCUGGUCCACAAGGGCCUCCAGGAAGGGAUGGACUACAAGGUAGAGAUGGACUUCCAGGUCCUUCAGGCUUACCUGGGCCAAAGGGACCUCCUGGUCUUAGAGGAGAGAAAGGUCAGGAUGGUUCAGAUGCCAAAAUACCUCGUCUGUCUUUCUCAGCUGCUCUUACAAAUCCUAUGGCUGCAGCUGGAACGAUCAUUUUUGAUAAGCCAUUUGUGAAUGAAGGAGACUUUUAUAAUCCACGAACAGGUAUCUUUACUGCACCACUAGAUGGACGUUACUUCUUUAGCGCCAUCCUGACGGGCCACAAAAAUGAGAAGAUUGAGGCUGUGCUGUCCAAGUCUAACUACGGCAUGGCUCGCGUAGACUCGGCGGGUUACCAGCCAGAAGGCUUGGAAAAACCCAUGGCGGAGACCAAACCUACACCAGGUUCUCUGGCUGUCUUCAACAUCAUCCUACCCCUUCAGCAAGGGGACACAGUCUACAUAGACCUGGUCAUGGGCAAACUGGCUCAUUCGGUGGAGCCCCUAACUAUCUUCAGUGGUAUGCUUCUGUAUGAAAUGUAACAGGGGUACCAUCGCAACGGAGCACUGAGACUAUUCAAACUCGGGUGACCGGCCAAAACGAUGGGGCUAGGACAGGAUGCUUAAACGGACUGGGAUGGCGACGAGGAGGGUUUGUCUGCAUUUCAAACCUACGUUUUCAAACCUACGGAUGUUGUUAGACCUCCUAUGAACUCCUUGAACAGACUUGGAAAUGGAGGAACUAUUGCGCCCUUGAUAUGUAAUCCUAACUCGCAUUUCGGAGAAGUGUUGUAACUAAGAAGUGUUGCGGAUUUGUGCGACCGCUUGUCGAUGUUUUGAGAUAUUUUCAUGUUAUAUGAAUCACAGACAUGAGUUAUGAAUCAUCUCGCAUGCACCGAAGAUGACCGUGAGGUCUGUUUGACUUCCCAUCUAUGCCACUGCACGGUAAAAGUACUCUUCUGCCAAAGAGCUUGACUCACAGUCAGGGUUAGGCUGAUGUGUGUUAUUUGGGUGGGGGGGGGCGUGGGAAAAGAGAUGAUAGAAAUAUUAAUUCGUAUUUUUGCUGUGAAUGAUUUAAUUCCUGUGCACCUUUAUCUUUUUACAGUUUAAAAGUACAUUCCACUUUUUUUUAAAUAUGCUCAUUUUCCAGCUCCCCUAGAGUUAAACAUUUGAUUCUUACCGUUUUGGAAUCCUUGGAGACGAUCUCCUGGUCUGGCGCUACCACUU